CACAACCGGGAAUCGAACGAACAACCUUCUGAUUAAUAGCCCGACUCCCUAACCACUCAGCCAUCUGACCGCCUUCAUUACGUAACUGGGAGUUACACUGUAAGUGACUCACCCUUUCAUGUAAUACACCUCUGAAAACUGAGGUGUAUUACAGAUCUAUUCAUAACUGCUAAGUUAAAAGUAAUCAUUGUCACAUUAGUGCAUUCAGCUCAUGUUACCCAAUGAUAGAGAAUGCCAGUGAUUGAGUGUGUGUGCCUGUGUGCUUCUUCCUACAUGCUAGGUUGCAUUUUAUAGAGGUCAUGGCUUGUAGCUCAGUGGCCUAAAAAUAUAAUGUUGAGCCUGAGAGGGCAGACACCAUUUAUGCUGGGGACCCCACUGUGCACACAGACUCUGACUGACCACACACAACCAACAUACAGUCACGAAAAAAGAGGAGGAACUUCACACGCACAUACUCACAAGAACACUCACUUCUGAGGACAAUCCCAACCAACUCAUCGGUGCCAGGCAAGUGAGGCCACUCAUCUGAGACUCUCUCGACACACCCGAGCCAUAGUAGAGACCACAGAGAGAGACAAAGGAAGAGAAAGUGAGAUAGUGAGAGACAGAGAAAGAGUUUCUCCACUGCUGGGAGUCUUCCUGGUCCAACAGUGUUGACCCCUGGACUGACACAAUUGUGGGGUGUGCGUGAGGCGUGCGUGGAUCUGCGUGGUCCGGUAGAGGUGAUGGCAUCCUACCAGAUAAAGAGCCAAGGCAGGAACCCAUACGAGGCAGUGCGAGUUGACCCAGAGAGCAGUUACGCCACACCGGGGGCUUUGGAACUGGAGCAGAUGUUCUGGACGGGUGUCGGAGCUCAGUACACACACGUUAACGAAGUCUGGCCCAACAUCUACAUCGGUGAUGAGAAAACGGCUCUUGAGCGGGAUGGUCUGGAGGAGGUGGGUAUAACCCACAUCGUGAACGCAGCGGAAGGCAAGUGGAACAACGUGCUGACAGGCGCAGUCUAUUACAGAGACAUGGAUAUCCAGUACUACGGCAUCGAGGCUGACGACACACCCACCUUCAACAUGUCCCAGUACUUCUACCCUGCUGCGCAGUUCAUCCAGCACGCACUCAGCCUGCCUCAGAGCAAAGUCUUGGUGCACUGUGUGAUGGGUCGCAGCAGGUCAGCAACCCUCGUCCUGGCCUACCUGAUGGUGGAGAAAGGGUUAACGGUAGUGGAAGCUAUUGUGCAUGUGCGGCAGCGACGCUGCAUCCUGCCCAACCGAGGCUUCCUGAAGCAGCUGAGAACCCUGGAUAUAGUCCUGCAGGAGGAGAGGCUGGCGGAGAGACAGUAACACACACGCACAGCACUGCAGUAGUAAAGUCUGGGUUAUAAGGUGUGAAUAGAGCAUACACACUGCCUUGCAGGAGAUGCUGAGACAGCAACGGCAUGAUGUUCAGUCACGCACACCUA